CGCGAUUUCUCUGAAACGUCAUCCUCCAUCGACGAUCUUUUCACAUUGUAAACAUUUGCACAGGGAUCAGAAACUGAGCAAAGAAACUCAUGGAGAAUCUUGUGAAGAUUCAUGGAGCUGGUGGCUAUGACUCUGACUUCAGUGAUGAUGAUGGAGAGGGAGACUCCUCGGAGAAAGCGAGAGAGAGGAAACGUGAGGUGGAAAUCUUACAGAAGCCAUUCGAAAAAGGUCGGCACUCCAAUGUGGCUCACCGUAGUUUACACUCCUGUGAAGUGGACAGAGAGGAAGCCAGAAACAGAAGAGCCCAUCUGAUUUCAAUGAAUGCUUUUGAGCGGCACAAGAAGUUUGUCGGUGACUACAUUUUGUAUUAUGGUGGACAGAUGGCCGACUUCAGACGCUCUGCAGCUAAAGACAAAACCGAUCUGGACGUGCUGCGUGAAAAUCACCGCUUCCUCUGGAGGGACGAGGAUGAGGAUGACAUGACAUGGGAAAAAGAAAUUGCCAAGAAGUAUUACGACAAGCUGUUUAAAGAGUACUGCAUUGCAGAUCUCAGCAGGUACAAGGAGAACAAGUUUGGAUUUCGUUGGCGAACAGAAAAUGAAGUUGUUUCUGGAAAAGGUCAGUUCCAGUGUGGGAAUAAACACUGUGGAAAAGAGGAAGGCCUGAAAAGCUGGGAGGUGAAUUUUGCCUACGUGGAACACGGGGAGAAGAGGAACGCUUUGGUCAAACUCAGACUGUGUCCUGAAUGCUCGUUCAAACUCAACUACCAUCACAAGAGAAAAGAGGUGAAAGUGAAGAGAAAAAGAAAGAUCUCGCAGGAGAAUGAAGAACCAACAAAGAAGAAGAAAAAGAAGAGGAGGAAAUCCUCCUCUCAUUCUAAAAAAGACAGACACAAGAAGCAGAACGACCUCUCUACCUCCUCCAGCAGUUCAGAGUCAGAGGCGCAAAACUCUGAUAAAGAAGCUGGGAAUGAACCAGACAGCCAAUCAGAAGCUGACCACUGGCGAGGCCCCGCCCCUGCUGUGGAGGAAAAAUCAAGGGAGGAAGAGUUUGAUGACUACUUUGAAGACAUGUUUCUUUGAAUCUGCUGGUAUCAGCGGCAACCCUGCUGUGACUACACUUCCUUUUGUAUCCCACUGAUAUUAAGUAUGUUCUAUUUGGGUCUUGCGUGCAUGAAAUAAACAUAAUGUUUACCCUG